GGCGCUGUGGGUGAGCAGGCGCGGCGCGCUGCCUGACCUCUGCUUCUCUCUUGGCUGAGGCGGCUUCACGAUGGCGGCCUCCAAGCCCUUGGACUCGCAGACUGGCACCGGCCUGAGCCGCUGGCAGCUGGCGCUGGCCAUCGGGGCCCCCAUCCUGCUGGGAGCCGGGGCCGUGUACCUGUGGAACAAGAGGCAGGUGUCCAAGCGGAGCGAGGGGAAAGGGGCCGAGGACAACUGGAGCUCGGCCCGGCCGGAGGGCGGAGAGGAGGAGCCGGACAACCUGAGCUUGUUGGACAAGGCCCAGGCUGCAAAGAAUAGAGGAAACAAAUAUUUUAAAGCUGCCAAGUAUGAUCAAGCCAUUCAGUGCUACACUGAGGCAAUUAGCCUCUGCCCGCACGACCAGAAACAAGACCUUUCAACGUUCUACCAGAACAGGGCUGCAGCAUUUGAACAGAUGCAAAAAUGGAACGAAGUUGCUGAUGACUGCACCAAAGCUGUGGAACUCAACCCAAAGUACAUAAAGGCACUAUUCCGCCGGGCAAAGGCGUAUGAGAGACUAGAUAAUAAAAAAGAGUGUUUAGAAGAUGUCACUGCCGUUUGUAUCCUGGAGGGAUUCCAAAACCAACAAAGCAUGCUGCUCGCCGAUAAAGUGCUUAAGCUUCUGGGUAAAGAGAAAGCCAAAGAUAAAUACAAGAACAGGGAGCCUCUGAUGCCUUCCCCACAGUUUAUCAAGUCAUACUUUAAUUCCUUCACUGACGACAUCGUCUCACAACCUUUCCUAAAAGGCGAAAAACCCGAUGAAGACAAAGACAAAGAGGGUGAAACUGCUGACAAUGGAAGAACAGCAAGAUCUGGAUAUCUUAAGGCUAAGCAGUACAUGGAAGAAGAGAACUAUGACAAAAUUAUCAGUGAAUGCACAAAAGAAAUUGAGACAAAGGGGAAGUAUAUGGCUGAAGGCUUGUUAUUGCGGGCCACAUUCUACCUGCUCAUCGGCAAUGCUACGGCUGCUAAACCAGACCUGGAUAUGGUCGUAAGCAUGGAGGAUGCAAAUGUUAAGCUGCGUGCCAAUGCACUGAUCAAGCGUGGAAGCAUGUUCAUGCAACAGCAACAACCCCAAAUGUCCACACAAGACUUUGACAUGGCUGCAAGUAUUGACCAUCAUAAUGCGGACGUUUACCACCACCGUGGACAGCUUAAAAUUUUACUCGACCAGGUUGAGGAGGCUGUUGAUGAUUUUGAUGAGUGCAUUAGACUUCGACCGGACUCUGCUCUUGCACAAGCCCAGAAAUGCUUUGCAUUGUAUCGUCAGGCCUACACUGGAAGCAACCCCAUGCAGGUCCAAGGAGCUAUGAAAGGGUUUGAAGAUGUUAUUAAAACAUUUCCAAAGUGUGCAGAGGGCUAUGCACUGUAUGCACAAGCUCUGACAGACCAGCAGCAAUUUGGCAAAGCAGAUGAAAUGUAUGAUAAAUGCAUUGAGCUGGAACCAGACAAUGCAACAACAUACGUUCAUAAAGGUUUACUACAGCUUCAGUGGAAGCAGGAUUUGGAUAAAGGCCUGGAGCUGAUCGGCAAGGCCAUUGAGAUUGAUAACAAAUGUGACUUUGCAUAUGAAACGAUGGGCACCAUUGAAGUCCAGAGAGGAAAUCUGGAUAAGGCCAUCGAUAUGUUCAACAAGGCCAUCAACCUAGCCAAGUCAGAAAUGGAGAUGGCUCACCUGUAUUCGCUGUGUGACGCAGCGUAUGCACAGACAGAAGUUGCUAAGAAAUAUGGAUUGAAACCCCCAACACUGUAAUUUAAACACAAACACGCACACACAGAGCUACUUUGUUGUUGUUCAGUUGAGCCCCUGAUGAUAACUUUUAUAAAGCCAUUGUUGAAUGGUCCACCAGUGUUUUUGUGAUGUUCUGUUGUUUUCUGUAUAGGUGCUUUAGCAGUGAGUAAUGACGAAGGUAUACAACAAUGUGCUAUGGAAUCGGCCUAUAAAAUGGAAUGACGGCACUGAACAAAAGCAUGUUUUUUUUAAAUGGAACGUAAUCAGGCCAUAUAAAUAACAUGGUUAUUUUCAUUUUAGGAUAACGUGGUACUUUUUUUUAAAAAAAAGCUAUUCUGUACAGUACAACAUGUGUGGGAUCCCCUUUAAAAGUAUAAAUAUGCUGUAAUAUAAAUAGCUUAGAAUGCAAUAGAUUCAAAACUGAAUUUAAUUGCAUUCAAAAAUGUGAUUGGGAUUUUUUUUCCUUAAUGUGAGUUUUUCUGAAGGGGGAAUAAUGAUGGAAAUGGGCUAAAAUAAAUUGUUUCCAUUUAUAAACGCAUUAUCUGCAUAACACCUCUUACCUGUUUGAAGUAUGCGCUCUGUGCCGCUUCAGAUAUGUAAGCCCGAGGCCUGAGGAGAAAAGCCAGAGUUUGUAUUGUAUGAGACAUAAUUUGACAUGCUUAAAGGGAUCCUUUAUACACUCUUGUGGAAAACCAUCUCUUCUUAAAUGUGGACUUUGCAAACUUUUUUUUUUUAAAAAAGCCAAAUGCAACAGCAUGCUGUUGUAUAAUGGAAUCGUAAUUCGUUCGACACAUUUUGUGAAAAGCACUACUUUUAACGGUGGGCGGGGGGGAGUGAGGGGAGGGUGUUGGAAAGAUGAAUGAAUCAAACAUCAUUGAAUAAAAUCAGGGAAAUCUUCCAACUAUUAUGUUAGAGUUGCCCAAGCCGGAAGAAACUCUUGGCUGGGCUUCCCUGUGCUGGCUUUUCAGUUUAGGUGUUUGAGCCUAUCAUAUGUGGCAAUGUGUGCAGGCUGCUCAAGGAGUCUGGAAGCAGGAGCUUCUCCAUUCUCAUUUUAAUGAUCAUUUCAUGGUAUUCAUGUGCAGAUAAAAUGAGUUUCAUUUUGAUCUUGCUAAAGGUUCUAUUUGUCUGGCCUAGACAGUUGUACGUGGAAAUAGAAGGCCCUUAAUGGAAGCAUGUGCUCUUCAGUAAAAGCAUUCCAUGUUAUCAAGGACUAAUGCCUAUUGAAUACAUUAUUUGAAAAUGCACUGGAAAGUUAUUGAACUAGUUANUUUUUUGUAAAUGACCUAUAUACAGUGUAAAUUCAUCCAAUAAAUAAGGCAUCCGGAAUCAAAA